CGCCGCGCCUCCGUUUCCGCUAAACCUCCGGAUGGAAGCCUUUGCCGCCGCCCCCGCGGCCGGCGUCUUCGCGGGUCCCAGCACCGCCACACGCCCCGCCGUAUCCCUACCCCGCCGCAGCCGUGCCGGGGCCGGGCGGGUGCGCCUCCUCCGCGCGCCGCGGCCGCCGCGCGCGGGCAGCGGAUUGGGCGGCGACGGAGGAGGGGAGCUGCCGGCGCUGGACAAGUGGGACAUGAUGGAGCUAGAGUUCGGGAGGUUCCUCGGGGAGGACCCCAAGCUCACCCUCGCCAAGAUACUGCUCAAGAAGUCAGACCCAGAUGCUUCAUCCCUUGAUGUGGAGAAACUAGUUGCCAGUAAGAAGGACAGGCUGGAUGUUAUUUUGAGGGAGUACAUGGAAGCUAAUAAGCAGGACAAGGCUUCCAACAUGGAAGAGGCAAUUAGCAAGCCGAUGAAAGGUGACCAACCUUUGGGUGUGUCAAGGCCUGCACUGAGCAAACCAAAGCUAGAUGAGCCUUCUUUGACUUUGUUACGACCAACGGGUAGCAAACCGAAGCAAGACGAGCUCCGUGAGCCUCCUUUGACUUUGUUACGGCCAGUAGGGAGCAAACCAAAGGUAAAUAAGCCUUCUUUGACCUUGCUGAGGCCAAUUGGGAGCAAGCCAAAAGUACAAGCCAAGCUGGUGCAAGAUAGUUGGCCUAGCAAGGAAAGUUUAGCUGCAGGAACAGUGGCAAGUGAGGUUGGAAGCACCUCAAGUGAGGAUAGUUUGGACGUCACCUUGCGGAAACCCACCGUACAUCAGCUUGAAGACGAUGACUUGAAGUCGAAGCUGAAAAUGAAACCAAAUAUUGAAUUGAAAAUGAGGAAGGAUAUGGAUGAGGAUUUAUCCAACUUUUCUCUUCUUCAAAAGCCAGAGGCCACAACAGACACUGCUGAUUCACCAGCCUCUGCUGGCUCAGCCUCAAUUGCCACUGGAGAGGAUACCAAUGAACGUGAGGCAGGAGUGCAGCCAUCUGAGCAAAGUUUAACUCAACAAAUAGACUCUUCUGCUCCGGAUAACCAAUCGACGACCAACAACAAUUUCUCCAUGCAAGCUUUCUUGCAAGGAAGACCGAGGAAAGACCUAUCUGUUGAAACAUUGCCAUCACAAGUUAAAGUGGAGAAGAAAAGUGAUAGUGAUGUUAACAGAAGUUAUGUUGACGAUGGUGGGAAUGUCUUACCAUCAAAAUUAGAGGACAUCACUGAGAGUGACUGGACAAGGCUGGAGCAUUAUGCAAGUACUGGAGAAAGGGUUGAGGUGGAGCUGAUUAACUGCAGUGCAAAGGGAUUUGUUGUGUCACUCGACUCAAUGAUAGGUUUCUUACCAUAUCGUAAUCUUGCUACAAAAUGGAAAUUCCUAGCUUUUGAGACUUGGUUAAGAAGGAAAGGUGGUGAUCCUUCCUUGUACAAGCAGAGUAUGGGCAUGGAGGAAAAUUUUGAGGUUAAUGAUAAGAGCAUAGAACCAGAAUCUAGAUCAGUUGCAGAAGUAGAUCAUCAGGACCAAGCAACACUGCAGUCUAAGCUGAAGUUUGAAGAUCUUCUUCAAACAUAUGAACAAGAGAAAUCCAAGUUCUUAUCUUCAUUUAUUGGUCAAAGGCUCCGAGUAUCAGUUGUCCUGGCUGACAGGAAUUCCAAGCGACUGUUUUUCUCUAUGAGGCCAAAAGAAAGUGAAGAGUUGGUUCAGAAAAGGAAAAGUCUGAUGGCUAGGCUUAAUGUUGGAGAUAUUGUCACAUGCACUAUUAAGCGGUUUGUCUACUUUGGGAUAUUUGUUGAGGUUGAAGGAGUUCCUGCACUGAUUCAGCAGUGGGAAGUGUCCUGGGAUGAGACCUUAGAUCCUUCAGUUUCUUACAGAAUCGGUCAGGUUGUUGAUGCUAAAGUUAUUCAGCUGGAUUUCAACAAUAGCCGUAUCUUCUUAUCACUUAAAGACGUAAAGCCAAGUCCGCCAAUAGGAGCCUUGGAACCAGUCAUCGGCGAGGAAUUACUACCACUUGAUGGAGCUCUUGAACCUGUACAAGCAGAUUUUGAGUGGCCCGAGGUGGAUUCCCUGAUUGAGGAGCUGAAAAAUAUUGAGCAAGUCAACGAUGUUUAUAGAGGAAGAUUCUUCCGAAGCCCGGGAUUAGCUCCAACAUUUCAGGUAUAUAUGGCAUCUUUGGUUGGUCGCAAGUAUAAGGUCCUUGCGAGGUAUGGAAACAAUGUGCAAGAGGUGAUGGUGGAAACGUCAUUAGACAAGGAAGGGCUGAAAGAGGCAAUUUUGAUGUGCACAAAUAGGGUGAGCUGAUCAUCAGGGUUUUUGCUGCUGGGACUGCGCCGCUCCCAGCUUUCAUGAGAUCAUUUUGAGAUCCGAAAGCUCGUAACCGACACGGAUCUCGCUGGAGAGGAAGAGACUCCCAGGGCGAAGAACUGGCCAGCAGAAUUAAUGAGGUCGUGUCGAUUUUGACCACUUUAUAAAUCCCUAUGGAGCUCCCACAAUCGCGAUGGGGCCUUACGCGAUCGAGUGAAUGAUGAAUCUGGAGGAAGAACUGUUGUGCAGAUGUAGUUUAAAUGUUAAGUCGCUGUUAACUUGUCCUUCUUUUUUUUCCCUCGGCCCUUAAAUCGUGUGCUUGACUCAUCCAUCCAUGCAUUCGGGCUGCUUUCACGGCAUGGGCCAUCAAGCCCAUUUCUGUUA